GACGUGUAAUUGACAGCUGGACAUUUUUCAUGCUCAAUCUCGGAGGAAAGUCUGUCAAAUUCUUCCGAUCAAAAUCCAAAACAACACGAAACUCUCAUUCGGAUCCGGUGUUUUUUUUUCUGGGUCAGAACAGACCGGAGAUCUCAGUCGGAUUCGGAUGACUUCAUCUGGAUCUGUUGGAUACUUUGUGACUGUUUAUAUCAGAACGCGGAGCGGCAACAUUGUAACUUUUGGAACAUUGUUACAUUCUUUCUGUUGACGUCAGCGGGACGCGAGAGUGGAUGCGGGCGCGGUGAUCGCGGGUCGUGGGGAGUCCUGUAGCCGAGCGGAGUGAGGGUUGGUAGAUCUGGAUCCAGAGCGAAGCCCCGGUUUGGGGGGUCAUGGGGGGCAGGAGAAGAAGAUGCCUGAGGAGGAAGCAGGAGGACAGGGGCGAGAGACAUACAACCUGUCCCGUCUGCGAAGUUCCUCUCUGGAGAUCAAGGAGAAGGGAACAGAAUUCCUCAGAGAGCAGCUGGAUGCUGCACAGAAGGAGCUAAAGUUGAAAGACGAGGAGUGUGUCAGACUGUCUCAUGUCAGGAAUCAGCUCGAGCAGGAAUUGGAGGAGCUCACUGCCAGUCUGUUUGAGGAGGCCCACAAGAUGGUGCGUGAAGCCAAUGUAAAACAAGCAGCAGCUGAGAAACAGCUAAAGGAAGCACAGGGCAAGAUUGACGUCCUGCAAGCGGAGGUGUCCGCACUGAAAACUCUGGUAUUGACCUCUACGCCGUCCUCCCCGAACCGACAGCUCCACCCUCAGCUGCUGUCCCCAGGUUCCAGUCGCGCCUCCUCUCGGCCCCAGGGCCACACACGCAAUAAGAGCGCCAGUGGUGCGUUACAACUGCAACCAGAGGCAACCGCAACAGAUCAAGAGACAAUACAGGAUGACAAAGAGUUGGACUCAGUGUUGUAUGCGGAGUUUCUCUCAUGGAAAGAGUCGCCCAGUGUAGAUCGCUCAUCAGCCUUCAUCAGCAGAGUUUACAGAGAAGAUAUCGGGCCCUGCCUUUCAUUUACCUGCUCUGAGUUGUCUCAAUCUGUUCAGUGUGCUGUGGAGAAUAACUCUCUCACCAUCGAGCCUGUUGGCAUGUCAACGUUACCCAUGGUGAAGGCCAUCGAGUGUGGAGGACACAACGGUUGCCGGGCGCCCAUAGAAACCAAGUGUGCGUUGAGUGGCAUGUCCCGCCCCUGUCGACAUCGCAUCAAACUGGGUGAUAAAGAGAAUUACUACUAUAUAUCUCCUUCCAGCAGAGCGCGGAUCACGGCUGUGUGUAAUUUCUUCACCUACAUCAGAUAUAUCCAGCAGGGCCUUGUCAGACAGGAAGUUCAGCAGAUGUUUUGGGAAGUGAUGCGUUUACGGAAAGAGAUGAGUGUGGCCAAACUGGGAUAUUUCCUGACGGAAGAGAGCUAGAAAACCAUCGAACAACAGUACGAUAGAAGUUACUGGCCAUGUACACAAACACUCCCAUGAUGGUGUUUUAUAAAAACAUAUUCAUGUACAGUAUGUAUUCAGAGACCACUACAGAAGAACACUUUUUUUUUCCUGAGCCAGUGACAGUUUACUGAUGUCAAGUUUUUUUGUUAUGUUUGCUUUAGGUAAGACUGAACUCUGUAAACUGUUAGCCACGACAGAGUGCUGUAAACUCAUGACUUCAGCCUUCACAGUCAGACCUGACAUGCUUUAAAGGAUUAGUUCACCCAAAAAUGAAAAUUCAGUCAUUGUUUACUCACCCCUGUGUUGUUAUAACACUAUAUCACUUUCU